UAGUUUCUAGGUCCCUGGACUUCUGUUGCUAGGCAUUCACUGAGAGAAUAAUGGCAGGGCCAUUGUAAGGGUGGUUUUCUCCCCGCCCUCUUUAAACUUGCCUUUCUCUGCUUCUGAAAAUAAGUGAAUAUUUGGAGACAGCCUACUGAGAAGCCAAGAGAUUUCUGCCUUUUUUGAUGCCAGCAUUUGGUUAUAGCCACAGGCAAAGAAUAUUAAGCUUUGUCAGAGAUCCUUCAGCACUGCCAUAGAGCCAUCCCACUAGAGGUCACAGAUCACAAAAACCCUUCUGAAACAGGAAAUUGAACUUCCUGAGUCCACUACAAAACACAGAAACCUGUUUCCUCUACACAUCUCAAAUUGGCAAAGCUCGGUCUUAGCAGGUUCAGUGUGGAAGCAGCUAUCAAAAAGGCCACACGGACUUUGUCCCCAAAUUUCACAUAAGCUUCCUUGCUUCAAACUACUGAGAUGAAGGGGGCAAGAUUAUUUGUCCUGCUUUCUAGUUUAUGGAGUGGGGGCAUUGGACUUAACAACAGUAAGCAUUCUUGGACUAUACUUGACGAUGGAAACUCCCAGAAGACUACGACCUCUGCUUCAGUUCCUUCAAAUAAAAUACAACGUUUGCAAAUACUGCCAACCACUCAGGUCAUGUCAGCAGAGAUAGUUACAACUCCAGAGGCAAGAACUUCUGAAGAGAGUCUUCUUAAAUCAACACUGCCUCCCUCAGAGACAAGUGCACCUGCUGAGGGUGUGAGAAACCAAACUCUCACAUCCACAGAGAAAGCAGAAGAAGCGGUCAAGUUCCAAAAUCUUACCCUCCCAACCAAAUCUAGCACCAAGUUCAAUCCUGGAGCAGAAUCAGCGGUCCUUUCCAAUUCUACACUGAACUUUCUUCAGAGCUUUGCCGGAAAGUCAAAUGAACAAGCAACUUCUCUACAGGCGGUUGGAGGUGAUGGAGGCAGUGGAGGCGUUGGAGGCAGUGGAGGCACUGGAAAUCGAGGCCCACGGGAAACAUACCUCAGCAGGGGUGACAGCAGUCCCAGCAGAAGAACUGACUACCAAAAAUCAAGUUUCGAAACAACUAGAGGAAAGAACUGGUGUGCUUAUGUACAUACGAGGUUAUCUCCCACAGUGAUAUUGGACAACCAGGUCUCUUAUGUCCCAGGUGGGAGAGGACCUUGUGGCUGGACCAGUGGAUCCUGUCCUCAGAGAUCUCAGAGGAUAUCCAAUCCUAUCUACAGGAUGCAACAUAAAAUUGUCACCUCAUUGGAUUGGAGGUGCUGUCCUGGAUACAGUGGGCCGAAAUGUCAGCUAAAAGCCCAGGAACAGCAGCAUUUGAUACACACCAACCAGGCUGAAAGUCACACAGCUAUUGGCAAAGGAGUAGCUGAGCAGCAGCAGCAGCAAGACUGUGGUGACCCAGAAGUGAUGCAAAAAAUGACUGACCAGAUGAACUACCAGGCAAUGAAACUGACUCUUCUGCAGAAGAAAAUUGACAAUAUUUCUUUGACUGUGAAUGAUGUAAGGAACAUUUACUCCUCCCUAGAAGAAAAAGUCAGUGAAGAUAAAGGCAGAGAAUUUCAAUCUUUCCUAAAAGGUCUAGAAUCCAAAAGCAUUAAUGUACUGAUAAGAGACAUAGUAAAAGAACAAUUUAACAUUCUUCAAAAUGACAUGCAAGAAACUGUAGCACAGCUCUUCAAGACUGUAUCGAGUAUAUCAGAGGACCUUGAAAGCACCAGACAAAUAAUUCAAAGAGUUAAUGAAUCUGUGGUUUCAGUAGCAGCCCAGCAAAAGUUUGUUUUAAUGAAAGAGAAUCGGCCCACUUUGACUGAUGUAGUAGAUCUAAGGAAUCACAUUGUAAAUGUAAGGCAAGAAAUGACUCUUACAUGUGAGAAGCCUAUUAAAGAACUAGAAGUAAAGCAGGCUCAUUUAGAAGGUGCUCUAGAACAGGAACACUCAAGAAGCAUUCAGUAUUAUGAGUCUCUCAAUAAAACUCUUUCAGAGAUGAAGGAAAUACAUGAGCAGCUUUUACCAACUGAAAAGGUAUCAGACCAGAAGAAUGUUCCAGCUGCUGAAUCAGUUAGCAAUAAUGUCACUGAGUACAUGUCUACUUUACAUGAGAAUAUAAAGAAGCAGAGUUUGAUGAUGCUGCAAAUGUUUGAUGAUUUGCACAUUCAAGAAAGCAAGAUUAACAAUCUCACCAUCUCUUUGGAGAUGGAGAAAGAGUCUCUCAGAGGUGAAUGUAAAGACAUGUUAUCCAAAUGCAGAAAUGAUUUUAAAUUUCAACUUAAGGACACAGAAGAGAGUUUACAUGUGUUAAACCAAACAUUGGCUGAGGUUAUCUUUCCAAUGGACAAUAAGAUGGAUAAAAUGAGUGAGCAACUAAAUGAUUUGACUUAUGAUAUGGAGAUCCUUCAACCCCUGCUUGAGCAGGGAGCAUCACUCAGACAGACAGUGAUACAUGAACAACCAAAGGAAGCAGUAAUGACAAGGAAAAAGAUAGAAAAUCUGACUAGUGCUGUCAAUAGUCUAAAUUUUAUUAUAAAAGAACUUACAAAAAGACACAACUUACUUAGAAAUGAAGUACAGAGUCGUGAUGAUGCCUUAGAAAGACGUAUCAGUGAAUAUGCCUUAGAAAUGGAAGACGGCCUAAAUAAAACAAUGACUAUUGUAAAUAAUGCCAUUGAUUUCAUUCAAGAUAACUAUGUCCUAAAAGAGACUUUAAGUACUAUUAAAGAUAAUUAUGAGAUCCAUCAUAAAUGUCCUUCCAAUAUGGAAACAAUUUUGACAUUUAUUCCUCAGUUUCAACGUCUGAAUGAUUCUAUUCAGAUUUUGGUCAACGACAACCAGAGAUAUAACCUUGUUUUGCAAGUUGCCAAGACCCUUGCAGGUAUUCCUAGAGAUGAGAAACUAAAUCAGUCCAACUUCCAAAAGAUGUAUCAAAUGUUCAAUGAAACCACUUCCCAAAUGAGAAAAUACCAGCAAACUGUGAGUCAUUUGGAAGAAAAAAUACUCUCAGCCAUCAAGAUUUCCAAAACUUUUGAAACUCGGUUGCAAGACGUUGAGUCUAAAGUUACCCAGACACUCAUACCUUAUUAUAUUUCACUUAACAAAGGCAGUGCGGUUACAAAUGAGAGGGAUCGGGUUCUUCAACUGCAAGUAUUAAAUUCCAGGUUCAAGGCACUGGAAGUAAAAUCCAUCCAUCUUUCAAUUAACUUCUCUUUGCUUAACAAAACUCUUCAUGAAGUUUUAACAAUGUGUCACAAUGCUUCUACAAGUGUGUCAGAACUGAAUGCUACCAUACCUAAGUGGAUAAAACGUUACAUGCCAGAUAUUCAACUUCUUCAGAAAGGUCUGACAGAAUUUGUAGAAUCAAUAAUUGAAAUAAAAACUCAAGCUGUCCUAUCUAAUUUAACUUGUUGUUUAGAUCAGUCAUUGCCUGGUAGUUUGGCAAAUGCCAAGUCUCAGAAGCAAGCAAAAUCAUUGCUGAAGAAAAUUAAUACACUUAAGAAACCAACGGUAAAUCUUACCACUGUCCUGAUAGGCCGGACUCAAAGAAACACAGACAACAUAAUAUAUCCUGUAACAGAGGAGUAUUCAAGCUGUAGUAGGCACCCGUGCCAAAAUGGGGGCACAUGUAUAAAUGGAAGAACUAGCUUUACUUGUGCCUGCAGACAUCCUUUUACUGGUGACAACUGCACUAUCAAGCUGGUGGAAGAAAAUGCUUUAGCUCCAGAUUUUUCCAAAGGAUCUUACCGAUAUGCACCCAUGGUGGCAUUUUUUGCAUCUCAUACAUAUGGAAUGACUACACCUGGUCCUAUCCUGUUUAAUAACUUGGACGUCAAUUAUGGAGCUUCAUAUACCCCAAGAACUGGAAAAUUCAGAAUUCCAUAUCUUGGAGUAUAUGUUUUCAAGUACACCAUUGAGUCAUUUAGUGCUCAUAUCUCUGGAUUUUUAGUAGUUGAUGGAAUAGACAAGCUUGCAUUUGAGUCUGAAAAUAUUGACAGUGAAAUACACUGUGAUAGGGUUUUAACUGGGGAUGCCUUAUUAGAAUUAAAUUAUGGGCAGGAAGUCUGGCUGCGACUUGCAAAAGGAACAAUUCCAGCCAAGUUUCCCCCUGUUACUACAUUUAGUGGUUACUUAUUAUAUCGUACAUAAGUUAAUAUGAAAAACAGACUAUCACCUUUAUAGAGAAACAGCCAGUGUUUUUAUUUAUUUUUGCUUGCACAUCUGCUCUGUUUUGGUUGGUCUACAGGAAAUGAAAACCAACUUCUUUUUUAAUAUGAGUAAACCUGUAUGUCUGUUUAUUUUAUAAAAUAAUUUGAAUACUUUUUGAAUGUCUGAAUAUGAAAAAGUUCUUGAUCCUAAGAAAAUUUAGUGGCACAGAAAACAAAGUGAAUUUGUAAGCGUAAUUAUUCCUGUUUUUAUUUCUUCAUUUUAAGUCAUUGCAAUGUAAAGUAAUAUUACAAAACGGCAAUCACACAAUAUUAUCAAUUAUAGUUUUUUCCAAUAAAAUACUUAACUUUUGUUACUUCCUGUAUAUAAACAUAUAACAUACAUUUUCUAGAUUCACAAAUUCAAGUAAAUUACUUGAAAAGUGAAAAUGGCUUUUGUAGACUUUUAUUUUUACUCUUUACUGUUGAGUUGAUCAAUUUUGCAUAAUAAGAUUUUUUUUUUUUUUUGAGACAGAGUUUCACUCUUAUUGCCCCGGCUGGAGUGCAGUGGCACUGCCAUCUCCACCUCCUGGGUUCAAGUGAUUCUGCUGCCUCAACCUCCCAAGUAGUUGGGAUUACAGGCAUACACCACCAUGCCUGGCUAAUUUUGUAUUUUUAGUAGAGAUGGGUUUCUCUCCACGUUGGUCAGGCUGGUCUUGAACUCCUGACCUCAGGUGAUCUGCCCACCUUGGCCUCCCAAAGUGCUGGGAUUACAGGUGUUAGCCACCAUGCCCGGCAAAGAUUUUCAUUCAGAGUCAAAAUUAAGAAAGUUGAAUUGAAAACUUGAUAUAUGCUUAACUAUUGUUCUCUUCCUAUAAUUCUCUAAUUAUAACAUAGUAAUUGACAUGUAGUUGGACAUGUACACUCAAGUCUAAGAAUAUAUGAAUGGAUCAUUCCCCUCCCCCGCCACAAUAUCUAUAUAGGGAGAAAAAGUCUUUUUCUAGUAAGUAUUCUUCUAUGACAGUACCUGCCCUUCUUCUUCUAAAGGGUAAGUCAUAAUCUGUGUGCUACAAUUUAUGGGAUGCUGACUAUGCCCUGUUUCUUUUGUACAUGUUAUGUCUCAUUCCUCACAAUAACCCUUGUAAAGUGGGCAUGAUUACCAUGAUUUUUAGAGAUGAAGAACCUAGGACACAGAGACCAAGGCCCAUGAGCUGAUAGGGCUAAGACAGGGUUUGGAAUCAGGCCAUGUCUUCUCCAGAGCCCACAUUCAUCCUUUCUCUAUAUUGCCUCAUACAGAUAAUGCUAAAUUUUAUUUAACUAAUCUUUUAUCCAUGGGCAUUUGUGUUGUCUCCCAUUUUUUAUUAUUACAAUAUUACUGUAGUGAACAUGCUUAAAAGUACAUUCCUUAGAUAUUUGACAAAAUGUUUCUGGGAAGAACAGAUUUUCAUGAGUAAUAAUAAAAAUAAUAAUUAAAAAAGUUUUGGUAUGG